GUCCGCUGUGAGAGCGGCGAUCGUAUAAAAAUUCCAGUAUUAUAAAGACAUGCUUUUUAUUAUCACGAAUUCGUUUCGUCUCAACUACAUCAUGUGUGAUUUUAUUGUAAACGCAGAAAGGAUCUUCACGCACGGAACGAACGAAAGAAUGCCAUCCGAGAAACCCUGUCGCGCUUGUAUGGACUUCCGGACAUGGGCGAAACGCCAGAAGGAAGUCUACGACUCGGAGAAGGAAGUACAAAAGAAAUCGGAGCAAACACCAAAUGCAAGGAACAAUGGUAUUCGACAGAAUUGUCCUUUAGACAAAGACGAGUUGGGUUCGAAGACUUGGGCCUUUUUACAUACCAUGGCGGCGUAUUAUCCUGAUCAUCCAAAUGAGAAACAAAAAGCUGACAUGACCAGCUUCUUUGAUACAUUUUCCAAAUUGUAUCCUUGCAAUAUAUGCGCAGAAGAUUUGCAGGAGCGAUUGAAAUACUCGCCACCACAGACCGGAUCGCAGGAAAAAUUGAGCCAAUGGCUGUGCAGAAUUCAUAACGAAGUUAAUAAGAAACUUGGAAAACCAGAAUUUGAUUGUAAACUGGUGAAUCAGAGAUGGAGAGACGGUUGGUUAGAUGGUUCUUGUGAUUAAUAAGUAGCAAUAAUAGUUUUAGAAUGUACAAUGGGACCUGAAUACAAUACGAAUUAUUGUGUAAAUAAUUAUUGUAGAUUUUUUUCAUUGAACAAUCUACUUCUCUUAAAUUUGUUGGUACAAUGUACAUAAGAAAAUAUGAUAAUGGAAAUUAAUAACAAUAUAAGUACUUAAAAAGC